GAAGAAAAAAAUAUGUUUAAAAAAAUAAAAGACUAGUAGUACAUUUCCAACAGUGUACAUCCAGAGUGAAUGCUAUUCAUAGUGGACUAGGAAAAGGCAUUAGAGCAAAAUGUGGACAAAACAGGAAGGGACACAAAGUGACAUGGAAUGGGUGGGGAUGACUUUCUGAGUGUUUCCACUUACUUCACUCAUCACACUCAAUGCUGUUGGACACACAUGGAGAGAGCAGACGUCAGCAGUGGCUAACUUUAGUCAAAUAUUAUAAUAGGAACAGUAAGACUGAGGAAAGAAGUAUCUCAUUUUUUUUCCAUUUUUGUAAUUGGCAGAGAACAGAAACAACAGGAAGCAGAUCACUGCGCGUGCAUCAGGAUCAAGAGCUAUGGAGGAUUUCUGCCUGGUUCGAUGCGACAGCCUGGACGCUGGUUCAGGGUGUGACAGAGAGGUGAUGACCCUGAUCGACCACAUGACCCUUGACCCGGAGGGCUUUGAUCCCACAGCAAACCUGGAGCCUUCGCCAGCAGAACUGGCUCAGUGCGAGGCUGAAGUGGGCACGCUGCUCAACAUCAUCGCUGAAUUGAACAAGAAGAUGGGUUCGCUAAAGGCACCAAGUGACCCGGGGAACCCGAGACCACAAGAACUAUCUAGACCUCUGGUUCCAGACCUCCUGUCCCACAGGCUGCUCAGAAGCAGCUCGGAGAGUAGUACUGCCUCUGCUGCCACAUCUAAACCUUCACCGACUGAGCGAGGGGGCGGUGGUGUGGUGUGGACUAAACUACAAGAGGUUUUAUCAUCAGUGGAGGACUCCAUCAGCUCUAAAAGGUCCUGGGCCGCCCCCAUCACAGCUUCUGACCAAUAUAAGCACAGAGAGCAUCUUCGAGCCACCCAGGAGAGUUGGGUUAAAGUCACUCAGAUAUUGAAGGACAUGGAAAUAGAGUUUGGGAUUUCAUGCCCAUCGGCCCCGUCAAAUGACAACGGCGUCCUGGAUCUGGAGAAGCGAGACUCUGCUCUCAGGAGCACCUUGCAGAGUCAUCAGGAGGAGCUUGAGAGAGAACAAAGCACCUUCAGCCAGAUGGAAGAGGACAAGAACAAGCUGGUUGGUCUCCAAAAGUCCUGGAGGUCAGGAGGUCGCUUCUCCUCCUACCGGUCCACUGCGGGGGCUCCCAGUCCCACCCUCCCCUCUCCUCCCCUCCCGGCUUCACCGUUACUCUACAGAAGAACAGGCAGAGCUGUAACACCGCUGUGUGUAGGCGGCGACGGUUCUCCAGUGGACUCCGUUACCUCAUGCAGUCCCUGUCCGAGUCCCAUCGGCCUGGAGACUGAGACGGAACGGCUAACCAGAUGCAUCGAGAGGCUGAGGGCCAGAAACGAGCGUCUGACUGCAGCUCUGGAGAGACGGAAGGGAGAGACAGAACGACUCAGCAUGACUCUAAACAGACUUGAGGCUAACUGCUCCGCUCUGGAGACGGCUCUCAGAUACUGCGAGGAGUGUGAAGAGGCCUACAGCGAGCUGCUGUCACUCCAUGACGCCAGAGAGCCGCAACGCAUUCCUCUGCAGACAGACUCAGCAGAUGCAGUUGGUGACAGGCUGCAGCCCGACGGUCCCUCAUCUCCGCUCAUGGGAACUGAAGAGCUGUCCACCUCUUUCUCGACAGUCACAGAGGAGAUGCAGACACAGAGUAACACGGGGCAGAGGACAGCUGAGCUGGUGGAGCGAGAGGCUGUCCUCCGCCAGCAAAUUGAGCGCCUGAAGAGAGACCGGGCAGCCAUUUGUCGGCCUAAGCUGAGCCCAGGAGUGGAGAGCAAAAUGAGCCCCGGAAAUGGUCACCCGGCUGGACCAAGAGGGGGACAUGUGACUAAAGACAACACCAAACCUCCUGACGCCAAGAAAGCCAAGGCUUCCCUCUUCUGUGAACUCAUUUCUGUCAGGGAAGAAAUGUCAGAUCUGCGAGCCCUAAUCCGCCUCAAGGAGAAAGAUUUGAGGCGUCUGGAGUGGGGCUUAAUGUCCCAGAAGGUCCAGGAAUCAGCCGCAGCCUACGUUCCAGAAAGCCUGAAAGAGGAGAUGGAGGAUUGUAAGACCGAACAACAGAGGGUCUGUGAAAAUGCAGCUAAACCUGAUGGUGACGGAGACAUCGCUGAUCCUCCAUCCAGACCCAUUCUGAAAGAGCUGCAGGCCGUCCUUCAAAGGGAACAAGCCCUAAAAAAGAGACUGGCUUUAGUUCAAGACUCACUAAACGCGGCUCUGUCAGACAGCACCUCGCACAGGAGGGACAAUGGAGACCAGAUUGCCCGACUUACACAAGCUCACAGUAAAGCCUUGAGUUCGUACCGGCAGAUUCGCCGGAAGUACCGGGAGCAGGUGUGGAGGCUGGAGCAGAAAGCGGCGGCCGUGAUGGAGAGUCGCCAUCUCCAGAGUGCAGCGGAGGCCUUGGAGGGGAGGAGAGAAGAGACGAUUCUGUGAUCCUAAGAAACAGCUUCACGGACUGCUGCCGUGGGUUUAGACUCUUCUUAUUAAGAUGUUUUAGUGUUACUUAGUUGCGCGUAAAGAUAUAUGCACCUUUUUUAUCUACUGUAUGUAUGUGUCAAACCAUAUAUCGCACCAACAGCAGUGUUUUCAGGCAUUCAUUGGCUCAGAGAGGCCAAUAUAGAUUAUGUAGGUCAGUAGAACAUGAAAAGCAGUUUCAAUUGGCCUUUUUAACCCGAAUGUGUGGGUCACCAACAAGCAGAAAUGGGAAUCCACAGCUUAACUUGUCCAACAGGAAACGCACGUCACAAGACACAUUCCUUAUUUCAGAGAAACAGCUGUCAUGCAGUCACGAAUUCAGGGGCUGAGCCCUCUGAGGAGCUUAGGACUGACCUUCGAGAGUGCACAUGUCCUUUUUCCCAUACAGGCUGACUGCGUAAAGCCCCUCCCAGCGAGCCGUCGUCACAGAGCUCAGAGGGGGGGGAAGGGGCCACGGCGAUGGCCGAUGGUCACACGGAAUGAACGCCAAGCCCAUUUGUCUUCUUUGCACGUGACAAUCAUUUUCUCUGCUGUCCACUAUUUCCAAUUCCUCGCUAAUAUCUUGAAGAAAAAAGGCUAUCAUGAGACAUUGGUGUAAAACUAAUCAGCUCGGAAGAUUUUGUUUUACUUUUCAGACAUAAAUAAUUGAAACCCUAUAACAUUAUUGGGCUCGAGGUGAACAGUUGAAUUCAAAUUGGUGCAGCAUUGAGAAAGCCUUUCGUUUUAAUACGAUCUGGCCAAACUUACUCUGAUUCUGAUUCUCCAACAUUGCUGGAACUUUUCUUUGUGAUGUUGCAGGUUUUGUGAAUAUACCAUGAAGCUUAAUUCCUUCUGUUGUUUUAUCUUUUCUUUUGGAGGAGCAAUAGAGUCUUGUGUCAUUUGUAGUCAGCAUGUACUGUAUUAUGUUGUAUUUGCGCUAUCGUUAAAUGUCAUUGUUCCCGGAUUUGAAAACCUAAUAAAAAUAUAUAAUAUUAAAACCAAGA